AUGGACUACAGCUCCGAAGAAGAGUCGGAUAUUAGUGAGUCUGAGAUCAACGAUUACAAAGAUAAACCAUAUGAGCAGUUGAGGGAGGGAAAGUAUAAAGUAAAGGGUCCUAACGGCACUCUUAGAUGCCCCUUUUGUGCCGGGAAGAAGAAACAAGAUUACAAGUUCAAGGACCUCUUCCAACAUGCUUCUGGGGUGGGUAAAGGUUCUGCUAACAGAAGUGCCAAACAGAAGGCCAACCACCUAGCCUUGGCCAUCUAUUUGGAGAAUGACCUAGCCAGUGAAGCAGACCAAAUGCAGCGCCCACUUUUACCCACACCUGUCGCUCCACAAGAGAAGCAAGAAGAAGAUCUUUAUGUGUGGCCUUGGACUGGCAUCGUUGUGAACAUUGUGAGUCAGCCAAAGGAUGGAAAAGAUUUGCUGGAUUCUAGAUACUGGUUGAGGAAGUUUUCUAAAUAUAAACCUUCAGAAGUUCAUACCUUUUUGAAUGAAGAAGAGCCAGCUGCAUGCGCCGUGGUGUGCUUUAGUAAAGAUUGGAGUGGUUUCGGGAAUGCUACUGAUUUUGAGAAAAUGUUUGAAACUGACUGUCACGGCAAAAAGGAUUGGAAUGCACGAAAGCAACAGCCUGGCUCAAGUAUUUAUGGGUGGUGUGCACGUGCGGAUGAUUAUCAUUCCCAAGGGCCGAUGGGGACGUUCCUUCGCGAGGAAGGAAAGCUAAGAACAGUAUCUGACAUUGUCCAGGAAGCAGCUCAAAACAGAAAUGAUGUUGUGGCCAGCCUAGCCAAUAAAAUUGACAUGACAAAUGAAAAUCUGGAUGAACUAAGGUACAAAUACAAUGAGAACACAAUGUCAUUAAGUAGGAUGCUUGAAGAGAAAGACAAGCUACACAACGACUUUGUUGAAGAAACGAGGAAAAUGCAGCGGACUGCACGAGACAAUGUUCGAAGAAUUUUAGAUGAACAAGAGAAACUGAAUUAUGAGUUGGAGUCUAAGAAAAGGAAACUUGAUUCCUGGAGCAAAGAAUUAAACAAACGUGAAGCACUAACUGAGCGUGAGAGGCAAAAGCUUGACGAGGAUAAGAAGAAGAAUGAUCAGAGAAACAAUUCACUUCACUUGGCUUCCGUGGAGCAGAAAAAGGCUGAUGAGAAUGUCUUGAGACUGGUUGAAGAGCAAAAGAGGGAAAAAGAGGAUGCCUUAAACAAAAUACUUGAGUUAGAAAAGCAGUUGGAUGCGAAACAGAAGUUGGAAAUGGAGAUUGAAGAGAUAAAAGGGAAAUUAGAGGUAAUGAAGCAUCUCGGGGACCAAGAUGACGAUGCAGUUCAAAAGAAGAUAAAAGAAAUGAAUGAUGAAUUGGAGGAAAAGGUUGACGAGCUUGAGGAUUUAGAAUCUCUAAAUCAAACUCUUAUCACCAAAGAGCGCCAAAGCAAUGAUGAGUUACAGAAAGCUCGUAAAGAAUUAAUAGCAGGUUUGAGAGGUAUGUUGGAUGUUCGAUCUCAUAUUCAGAUAAAGAGAAUGGGUGAUCUUGAUUACAAGCCCUUCUACAACGUAUGCAAGGAACGAUUUAGUGAUGAGGAAGCACAGGUGCAGGCCUCCACUUUAUGCUCCUUGUGGCAGGAUAAUCUAACAAAAACAGAUUGGCAUCCUUUUAAGAUUAUAACUGUUGAUGGGAAUGCUCAGGAAAUAAUUAAUGAGGAAGAUGAGAAGCUACGGAAUCUGAAGGAGGAGUGGGGCCAUGAGAUAUAUGAGUGUGUCGUUACAGCCUUAAAAGAACUUAAUGAAUAUAAUCCAAGUGGGAGGUAUGCUGUCUCUGAACUUUGGAACGUCAAAGAAGGAAGGAAAGCCACACUGAAGGAGGUUAUCAGUUAUAUCUUAAGCAAAAUAAAGACGCUCAAGCGAAAGAGAACAUGA